AGAGAGACAGAGAUUGCAGCAAAAUUCUCACUCAAGAGAUUGUCACCGACCGCCACACACACCCACAUAGAGCGAGACAUUAGAAUGAUACCCCCUUUCUCUUUCAGCAAACCAUCACUUAUGUCUGUCGUCUGCUUGCAGGCCCAGGCCGCAUAUCGCACGAACUACCUGGGGAUAAUACCAUACCUACUCCCCUCUGAAACAUCUGUGCUUCAAGAUUUGGUCAUAGCUACACCUGGGGAAAGGUUAUCUGCAUAUUCGAGGGGAUUACAUUGUAUAGGGGGAGGGGGGAAAAGGAUGCAAGGGGAUAUUUUCAUCCUUGCGUCUUGUGGUGCUUGGUAUGCUUUUUUGCUAACUGGCUCUGCUGCUAUUUUUGCUUUGCACCAACUCGAGAUACAAUAUCAGCGUCUGCUGGCUGUCAUUCGCGCUCUCUUUUUGCAUCGCCAUAUUAUGACCAUGCCCCAUAGUAUAUAUAGUAAUAAUUCGGAUGCUAUUCAAAAACUUUUGCUCGAUGUCUCUAUAUAAGGCUAACCUGCACCUCCUCAACACUGGUCCAAGCGGGCAGCUCAUGCAGAAUGCGCGGCAGAUCCUUGUUAUGUGUUUUACGGAUUUUGGUGUGAUGGGCAUGGCAGCACAAGAUGAGACAAAUAGGCAUGGGAUAGAAAGGGUCAUUAUUAACACUUAUGUACUAGGGUAAAGAAGAUAGAUUGAUAGAUGGCGAUGCCCAUCUAUGAACUGCUCAGCAGCUUCUCGACGGCCCACUUGACGCUGAAGU